GAGCUGCUGCGCACCCGUCUCGACCCUAUCGUCACCCCCCGCGGCAUUGCAGGUCAUGUCCACUCGUUCGCUGGUACGAACGCUAUCGAUGCUAGCAUGACGUAUGGCUCGGCUAUCAAGGGGGACUGCACUACCUCCGGUCUGACUGUUGAUCAAUCUGGCUACUGGGUGCCCCAGCUAUACUACAAGUGGCGGAACGGGACCUACUCUGUCAUCCAAGGCCACGGACUAAUCACCUACUGGUUCCCCGAUCGCGGCGUUGACCGAGAGGCCGGCGAGGCCCCAGUCGUCGUGCCCGACGACUUUAGGAUGGUCGCUGGUGAUAUGAACCGGGACCAUUUCGACUUUCAGAACCGCAGCCACAAUGCUGUCAGCUUUGAGUGCUGGGGACCGGGUAUUACAGGUCGUAAGUGCUGCGACGAAUGGGUCUGGGAAAGGGCUUAUAUAUCUAGAGACCCGCCUGGGCAGUCGCUGACGAGGAAGAUCUUCUUCCCCUCUUGCUGGAACGGAGUCGACUCGUACAAGGCUGACAACUCGCACGUGACUUAUCCGAUCCAGGCAGGGAAUCCCAGCAACUACGAGAACGGGAAAUGCCCGCCUGGGUUCAAGAAGAUGCCCUCCUUGUUCGUCGAGACCCUCUAUACACCUAAAGCCUCCCUCGGCCCCGAGUACGAGUGGUACCCCGGCUGCUUUGUCUUUUCCAACGGUGACAACCUUGGUCUCAGCUAUCAUGCUGAUUGGCUGAACGGCUUCCCCAAAGGCCUGCUUGUCGACGUGUUCAACCAGUGUCCCAAGACGUUCGGAGACUUGUCUACCUGUCCUCUCCUCGCCCCGUUCAUUAACAAGAACAAAAACUGCGUUGUGAAGGGUCAGAUCGUCAACGAGCCCAUCGGUCUUGAUGUCCCCAUCGCCAAGCUCCCCGGAAACAACCCAGAGUUCAACCCCUCCAAGGCCCGCAAGAUGGCUGCCGCAGACUACAAAGAGACGUCGAAGCUUAUCACUCUCGACGUGACCCAAGGCGGAGGUUGCGUCGACCGAAAGUGUACCGACUACAAGGGUCCA